CUCCACGGCUCCUCAUUCACUAGAAGAUGGCGGACUGCGCUCCACUAUUAGAUGAGGAACUCUCGUCCUUUGUCUUCAAUUACCUGACAGAAAACUCCGGCAGCCAGUAUGGGGAGGAGGAGGUGUGUUCGGACCGCUUGGACACUGAUUUCCCGGACAUCGACCUCUCCCAGCUGGACACCAGUGACUUCGACAGUGUCAACUGCCUCAGCGAGCUGCAGUGGUGCAACGAUCAACCAGCAGAUGUGUCACCGGCCUCCAUCCACUACAGUACAGCAGAUGAGCUCUUCGAGAUAGAAGAGGAGAAUGCGGCUUUGCUGGCCGCGCUGACAGAUAGUUUGGAUGGCAUGGUGGAUGCCGAGGUGGGCGGCCUCUCUGUUUUCCCCGCUCUGGGAGAGGAACCCAGUCAAGAACAGGAAAAUGAGGACAAUCUUCCUCUCAGCGCCGAGGACUUUAGUCAGACCUUGGGGGCCGAAACAGAGGACCCAUCUCUUCUAAAGAAGUUGUUGCUGACUCCUCCUAAUGUCCCCACGAGCAUUGAUGUGCAGAAAGACGGCAUCCACGGCCAUCGUCACGGUAACAGAAGCCUGCGCUUACGACCAGUCAGAUCCGUGGCAAAGAGUGACCUCCCCCAGGAGCGGAAGCCACGAGCGGUGCGUCCCACAGGGCGUCUCUGCACAGAGCUACACCGUCACCUCACCACUGCCCAGGACACGGAGGACACCCCAGCUCCUGACACAGAGGGGGACGAGGAAGAAGAGGAGGAGGAUGAGGACAGUGAAUCAGAGGAGGACGAGGAGGAAGAGGAGUCUUCCAGCAGCGAGGUGGAGGGGGCAGCAGUUGUGGCCGCUGUUCUUGCCGAGCCUGCUAAGCCUCAGUUUAGCUCAGAGAAAGAACUGCAUUCGGUGGUUGAGCUGAUCACGUACAUGCACACCUAUUGCCUGCCCAUGCGCAAGCAGCAGGGUUGGGAGCGCAAGGACCGUGACCUCCCCAGGCCUCGGGCCAAGACUGAGCCCUCCCGCCCGGUCUCCACAAACUCUCACAGCAGAGUUGUGCUGGUGGCCACUUCUGGGACUACUGGGAGUCUGACUGGGACAGGCAGCAGCGCUCCCAGGAGGCUCCCCUUUGCUAGGCGGAGGGAGAUUAAGGCCAACUCCCUUCUCCGCGAGCUCCUGCAGCAGAGCAGCUCUUUUGAUGUGAGCAAGCCUUACAGACUGCACAGCCCACCUUACUCCCACUCACAGAGCCCCAACAGGGGUGGAGCACCCGUUGCUUUGGCCCCAGUUAAACCAGCCCCUGCCCAGUCCCCCAGCCCCACCAACCCUAAACCAGAGCUUUGUAAAGACUCUUCCUCACCUGAGAGGAGAAAGUAUUCCUCUGAGCCACCACAAAGCCUGGAGGAGCCCGCGGAAACCAACGGCUCUUUCUCAGUUCGACGCUCCAGGCGGCUGGCCUCGUUUCCCAGCCGCUUUGCUAAGAGGCUGCGGCCUGGACGGGCAAGGGAUGGAGAGGGGAGGGACAAAGAGGACAAAGAGAAUGGACAAGUACGGGUCAAGCUCCUGCCUACCCAAGCAGGAGGAGGAACCACGACAGAGAUGCAGCCGGAGCAACAAAUGUCUACUGAUGGCAGCACCACUUCUACAGAGCCGACCAAACCCUGCUGCCAUGAAAAACGAUCCUGCCUCUGUCUGCCUCUCAACCCAAAGGCCACGGGAAUGUCCCAGUUUGGCACCAAGCCUUUUGAGCAGACGCUCACGGUGGAUCUGUGUGGAACAGCAGGUCUCACCCCUCCCACCACCCCGCCUCACAAACCAGUGGAGGAUGAGCUCUUCAAGCCAACAGAGGGAGGAAAGGGCGGGGGCAGCAGUGGUGAUGGUGGAGGCGGCGAGACAGCCCACCUGACUUCAAACACCAGUGUUGCCACAAAGGGCUCGUCCUGGCUGAGCAGGUCCCAUCACCAGCGGAAGCUGCCGGAGCAGACAGAGCUGUACGCCCAGCUGCAACGUAUGGGCCAGGCGGGUGACGCCAACACCCAGCGCAACUUUGGUGACCACGACUACUGUGCGCUGAGCCUUGUGGAGAGCCACAAGCGUAGCACCACCAUUCUUGGCGCCAUAUUAAAGACGCAUGGAGGGUUUGAUGGAGAUGCCACCCUCAUGCCGAAAGCAGCUGAUGAUCAGGUAUUGGAUGAAAACUGCAAGGAGAGUGAGGAGGAAAAGGAAGAGGAGGAGGAAGAAGAAGAGGAGGGGCUGGUAAUGACAGAAGUUAUAGAAGCACAGGAGCAGCAGACAACCAUGGUGAUAUCAUCAUCACCUCCAUCAGACUGCCAGUCAGCUGCUGCCACGCCGCCAGCUUCUGAGGAGGAGGCUGAGUGCUCUUCAGCAUCUCGCUCGCCCUCGCCCAUCCUCCACCAGUGUCCUGACUCCCCCUACAGCAAGACAGACUCCAGUGAGAACUCGGAGAUCUGUCCCGAUGACAAACAGAGGAACAAAGCCAAGUCUGAUGAGGACAACUGCCAGGUGUUUUACAUCCACAACCUGCCAAACAGCGUGACCCAAAAUAUGCUGAGGAAACGCUUCCAGAUUUUCGGCAAUGCAGAAGACUGCAAAGUCAUCGUCUGUAACGAGGAGCGCUGUGGGGUCAUAAAGAUUCGGCAGUCUGGGGGUCAAAGACACCGGAGAGAACGGGACACUGUUUUCCAGAAUGGAAUUUCAAGCCUAAGGAGGAUGACAAGGAAGCGCUACAUAGACCUUGAUGAGGCGGGCCCUGGCCCUGUCAAGAGUAAGUAUGAUGCACUGGACUUUGACACUCUGCUGAAGGAGGCCCAGAAGUCCCUGCACCGUUGACAGUACAGUGCUGCUGACUGGCCAGCCUUAGUAAACUGCAGCAGCAUCCCUCUGAAAACAUGGGUCUGCACUCAGACAGGCCUCUCAGUACCUCCAUGCAAGGCAACCUCGCAAAAUGUUUACAUUUUUACCAUUGGAAUAACAUAACAAGGACCUUGUUUUCUAAGUUUCUUUCACUGAAGGAUACUGCUUAAAAGCGAGGAAGCCACUGGGAGAUCAGAGAGGUUAAGAGACAACAGAGGGGAUAAAAAACAUAAAAGGACUUUAAACAGCAAUGGUACAACAGCUACUAAUGAUACAGUUGUCCACUGAAUAACAGUAACAACAAGCUGCUUCCUGUCUGUACUGGUGACAUCAUUGCCCUGCCUUGAAAGACUGGGCAUGAGAGACCUGUAGCAAAUCCUUGCUAUCCCUGCGUUGCGUUGGUCGUCGUGAUGUGUGUUUCUGCGUGUGUGUUCUUCGUUCUGUUUAUUUUGUAAAAAAGAAAAAAGAAGAAAAUGCUCCCCUGUUCUGGUCACAACGAUGAACCUGCAAGCUGUGUUCGCUUGUCCGGUCUUAUAACCAAGGAAAAAAAAAAAAAAAAAGAUAAAAAAAAAAAAAAAGAAAACCAACACCGCUUUGUUUUAUGAAAAAUUGUGGAUGUUAUAAAAUUUUAAAACUUACUGUGUGUGUGUGUCAUGGACAAAGAAUAUAACAAAAUAAGAAACGUAAUCAAUGGAUGACUGAUAAAGUUUACAAAUCUAAAUUGAAGAAAAAAAAAUCUUUUUUUUCUUUUUUGUAAUUGUAGUGCUUCCUUGAUUUGAUCUAUGCACUGUAAGGAGGUAAAUGUCUCUGCUGUCCUUCGCUUUCCCCCUUAUAACUCUUACUGUAUCUCUGCUAUGCUGACUAUCUUGGCUUCUGCUGCUAGCUGCUGCAGACUCUGUUUGAUAGGACCUUCAUACAAUAAGGCCUCUUCUGAAACUAUUGGUACAACAUAUUCCAACAAUUCCAAUUCAACUAAACUUAAAACUAGCUCAUCUACUGCUUAAAUUUAAUAUAAAUUUGGGAUUUACAGCUGAGUGGUGUUUGAAUUAAGGAUUUGUGUUGGGUUGAAACAGGAUUUAUGGUCAGGAUUGGACCGGGAUGAAUUAAGGGUUGGGAAUGCUACAGAUUGUGUUCUGCUGUGAUACACAGAUUACUGGUUGCAAAUUAGAAACAAAACUGGCAAAGAAGCUACAAACAUUUUUCCACGUCAGGACAUUUACAUGGUAAAUCAUGCUCAAACCACACUUUAAAAUUCUACAUGUAAACAUGUAAAUCAGACUAAUAAAUCCUGAUAAUAUUAUCUGAAAUUAACAGAAGAGGCUAAUUAUAAACAGAACAACUACAAGGAAACCAUCAAAUUUGUGUAACUUUGUGAGUAAUGUAAAAAAAAAAAAAAAAAAAAAAAAAAAAAAAAGCCUAAUGCUAAAAGUGGAUGUAUCAUCACCUAUAGUUCAAACACUGUAGUUAAUUUUCCUUGUUUUUGUAAUCAGGGACAAGAGUUUAAAUUAAAUGGCCUGACCUGUUAUAGUCCAUUCUCAGUUUUCGUCACUGAGCACGUGACUUAGAUGUCAGCAACAUUUGGGAGUGACAAUAAGGUACGCAAAGCUGGUAUUGGUUCGGCUGCUACAGUUGGUUUUUUCUGUCAAAAAAAAAAAAAAAUAGAAAAUAGUUUGUUCGUGCUGUGGCUUUGGAUGUUUCAGUCAACAUGAUAAGGAUAGGAUUUCAUAUUACAAACUCCCGAUGACCCUGAGCAACUGAAUAAAUGGGUUGCUUCCAUCAAACGAGAUAACCGGAAUCCAUUAGUAAUCUCUCAGCUGUGUAGCGAGUACUUUGUCAGUGGUAAGUCUCUUACAAAUGAACAUUUUAAAAGAAUCACAGUAAUUAUCAUGUUAACUCCUAAUUAUUAAUAGAAACAUCCCUAAUGUUCAAAUUGUGUUAAUGUUGUGUGUGUCUACUAUUUUUUUUUUUACUCCCCUUGAAAACCUAAAGAGGAAAUACUUUGUUUGGGGCAAUUUCACACAGUCUGAUACCCCUCAUGCUAGGAGAUAAUUAUAAGUCUCUAAUGACUUGUAAGGUUUUAAUUCUGCUUCUGUGAAGUGUGACUGUCAGUUGACUAUGUAGUUGUAAAUUUCGUGUUAAGCUUAGUCGGGUAGCAAUAUCUCCCAUCAGUUGGCAGUUUUGGAAGUUUGUAAACCAGGAUUUUGGAAGAUCAUAUGGGUUUUGUGCACCAACUGGCAUGCAUUCUUCAAAAAAUUACUGUCAUACCUGCCAUACUUGAUGAGAAGCGGUUAACAGCCACUCAAUAACAGAAGCGUGGUCCCAGCUGGCUUUUUGCCACCCAUCAUGGUGGUGUAAACAAUGUGAUAUCACUGAGAAUGAUCGGGGGGGGGGGGGGGGUAUUGGCCAUGUUAUUUUAAAAAUAACUCAUUCACUGAUAGCAUUUCCUCUUAUACACAUUAACUCAAAAACAAAUGCAACGACAAAUACAAGCGAAUACAGCUUAGAGGCAGAUUUACAUCCACAAAUAUGGAAUAAAAAAAAUUAUAGUAAGUGAAAAACGUACCAAACUGUAGAGCAGGCAGUUAAAGGGUUAACAGGGCUAAAGGUUUUGAUGGAAAUUUUGCCUAAAAGUUAGCUAAAGCUAAUUCAAAGGGGUUCUUGCCUUAAUGUAAAGGUUUAGUGCUCAUCAGAAAAAAAAAAUUAUUUCUGAUAUGGAAAAUACUAUAUUUACUCCAACAAUGAGGAAUUUCCUCUUUUACACAGUAAACAUGAGAAGAUAAAGCACAGCCAAUUGAGAGUUACAUUCAAGACCUUGUGGCAACCUUCGUGUCUUUCUUGGAGUUUUGUUUCUGGGUAGCGACCACUCUGUUUAUUACAGCCAUCCCUUCUACAGCCUCUACCACCAACAUGAGACGGAACAAAGCCUACUGAGCCAAAAGCAACAUUUUUAAAUUUCUUCCAAAUGUUGCUUAUAACCUUCAUUAAAAAAGGGGGGCAAACACCCUUUUGCAGAUGUUGGCAUGCCGAAUGAACACAAAGAAACUGCAUCAUUAUCCGUUGGUAACGUCGUCAUGGCUACAGGAAGUCUGUCGGUUCAUAUGGAAUGUAUUUAAGAAGCUGAAUGUAAUCAUCAUGUUUUCCCACAUUUCUGCCUGGCCAAAGAUUGUGGAGCAUCUUGGUGCUUUAAAAAAAAGGUGGCUUUCAGAGUGCAAUCUGGUUUACAUUCCUGUAGCAGCCAGCAGCAGCCAGCAGCAGCAUGCCUUGGCAAGGGAGAGCGCCUCCAAAGCCUGCCACCCUAGUGGCACCAACCCACUGCUAAUAACACAGCCAGGGAACAAGUAAGGGAAAAGAAACAAAGAGAGCAAUCGGCUAAGAAUUGGAUUUCUGGUCUGAGAGGUACUGUAUCGGAUGAGCAUCUACCUCACAUCCAUCCAUCCCGGCUCCCCCCCCCCUCACCUUUUUAUUUGACCCAUCUGGAUGCUCUCCCUUUCCUCUCUUUUAUAACUCACUCAGUCCAGUGAUAUUGUUGAUGGUCCCUUUUUGUUGGUGUUAUUCUCAACUGAUGAACAGUUAUGGGUCAUAAAGGGGUUUGUGUUUGAUUUUUUUUUUUAUACUAUGACUCCUUCAAACACUAAGCUCCUUGUGAGGGGAAUAAUAUCUUUUUCUAGUCUGUCUUUUGCUUGCCCCAUGAAGGUUUUUUAGCGUCUGUCUUUUGGAGUCUCGACUGUGUGUCCUCGUGUAGCUGAAUGUUUCGUCUCCGUUUCGUGUUGGACACUGCUCAUGCUUACGGGUCAGCGAGGGGGUACUGAUCGGCAAGAGAUCUGGUGGUUGGUCUGUCCUUGAGUGCGCUUGAUGAGAAAAAGAAGCUCAUUCUUCAUCCAUUGCGCUUGUUUUCACAUGUUCUUCAAGGAUGUGCCACUCCUCCCGAUUUCCCUUGUCUCCGUCUCCUCGCCCACAAAAUUCAAUAAAAACGCAGCCUGACUCUUUAUCUCUAACUUUUACGUACUUCUGGCUCUUUGUGGGUUCAAGACCUCGAGACCUUCAGGUCUUCCCCAAAUUCCUGAUGAAGCCCCCCUUUUUAAACAGAUAACGCCCCCUCCCAACCUCAUCCCCUUCCUUGUCUUUUCUCUAUCUAAUCAACUCCUUGGUAACACACACAAAGAACUGAAUGUUUACAUCACUUGAUUCUCCUUUGACUUUAUUAGGAACGCACACUAAGUACAAAGGCGCCUUAUUCAGUGCUCAAAACAACAGCAAGUGGAAAGCCUGCCAGGAUGCACUUCCUCCAGGCUCACUGAUGUCUAAAACUAACAAAAACACUUUAGUGCUAUACAUACUGAUUGAAAACAAGGUGUCACUUUUUAAAAAGGAAAAAAAUAAAUAAUUGUGAACAACUGAAUGAGUAUUUGUGCUUAGUAUGUAUACUACUAAAAAGUGAGAGAAUGUGCUGGUUUACAUAUUAAAAGAAAAAAUAUAUGAAUAUAUAAUGUGUAUAUAGCACUAUGCCUCCUUGUAAACAAAAUGUAAUGUGUGUUGUUUUUUUUUUUGUUUGUUUGCUUUGUUUUUUUUUUGUUUUUUUGGGGGGUCAGAUUACUAAUCAGACAAGAGUUGCUGGGUUGGUUUUGUUUCAAUAUGUUCAUUUUGUUUGGUACAGGGAGGAUAUGAAGGGAAUAACGACUUCACACAAAGUCCAACUCCGUAGCAAAGAUGACAAAAAAAAAAAGGCAUCCCUUUACACUAUCACACUAGAAGGUUAUAUUCUUUGCCAUUCUUUUUCUUUUUUCCUGUUUCCUUUAGAAGCAAUUUCAGAUGCAAUACAUAAAUAAUAUCAAGACAGCCUUUCUGAAAAAAAACCUGAGGUAAUAAUGUACAGUGUGCGUUUGGCUGUUGAGCUAUUACACAGGCAAUCGUUAAGCUGGGAUUCAGAAUGCUGCUGUACUGUAUGUAGACUGCCAUUUAACAAAAAGAAAAUAUAUAUAUAUAUAAUAUAUACACAGGAAGAAUGUGGUCAGUAACAACGUAUACAGAACAAGAUGUACUAAUAUACUCACUGCACAAAUUGUCCUAAUUGGUGAAAUAACUUCACUGUAUUUUCUUCUCAUUGAAAGCUGUUGUAACUACGUUAUCACCACAUUUUGAUGGUGCACAGGUUUGGUUUAAAUGGGAACUGCUUUGAGCACUUACUUUACAAUAACAGCCAAUAACUAUACAGGCAUGACUCUGGUAAGGGAAUGUGGCAGGGAGGAGCAGGAGGAGAAAAAUAGAAAACAGAGCUGUCGCUGGUUUGAUCCCGGUAAACAUUUUUAGACAGCUGAGGUCGGCGCUGGAAAAAUCCCAGUUUUCGCUGCUGCAGCUUUUUCCCUUUUUAUCCCAGAGAUUCAUUCAGACAAUUUAUCCCACCCAGGUUUUUUCUCUCACUGUUGACCAAAAUAGAAAUGUCUGUGAGGGAGGAGUCGUGUUUUCAUGUAAAACCUGCAAGCUUCGACCUCUAUUUUGCAGCGUGUGCUUGGAUUUCUGCAGCGACAGCCGCUGUGCCUGCUAGGGUACCUCUGCUGGUCAACAGGUGAAUGACAUCCAAACUGCCCCAACUUCAUCGUGGCAAGCCUUAAAAAUCAAUCGAGGGGGAGGGUAAAACGAAGCUACGACUAGCUUUUAUUAUUACUGUUUUAACUCCUUUCCAAUCCAGUGUGGUUUAUUAUUGACUAAUUACUGACGUAAUUAAAACUUUUUUCAAUAGCCAUAUUAUAAAAAGGUAUAUACAUAUAUAUGAAUAUAUAUUUGUGUGUUUGUGUAGAUAUCUAGAUGAUUAUAUACUUUCUUAUAGAAACUUUGAUGUUGAUCAUUCUCCUCAGUGUUUUGAGAACACGUUGACACAUUUCAACAUUAAUACUGCUGUCUACUUGGUCUAGGUCCUAGGGCAAUGGGCAACUAAUCCAAAUAUUUAAAAAAAAAAAAAAAAAAAAAAAACUUCCAAAGGGAAUUACCCUCAUCAGAAUGCAAUACCUUUUCUUUCCACCUUUCAUUUCAGAAAAAUGGAAAAUGGCAAGAAAGUCCUCUUGAUAGGCAACUUGACCAAAAAAGAUGAAUAAAUACAAGAAACUGACAUAAAGAGCACGGUUUUCCAUGUGGUGACCUCUUCGGAUUCAGUUUUCUAGAUGUCAUGUUUCCAAUUUCAUGGCCCACUGACACACUUGUUUUAUGUCUCUCACUGUUUCUCCACCAUCACGUUAGCCUCUACCAGGACAGGAGUGCUUACAUCUACGGGCAUUUGGCCACAGAUUUCACAUGUGUGUGUUUUCAGUCUGCAAAGUGGCCGUGUCACAGUUCAGCAUCACAGAAACUAAAACUAAUCUGUCAAACUGUGUGGAGAUGUUGAUGCCAGAUAAACACCAAUAGGGACUGUAACCCGUCAAAAUCUGCUAAAUGUCUAUGGGUGUUGUUUUCUUCUAUUCUUUUAGCUGAUAUAAAGGGCAUACAUUGUUUUUGGUUUUCAUUACAAUUAAUUUCAAUGUCUGUGUACAUCUAAUGACUAUCAACUUUACAAAUGAUUUGUUUUUCUUCUUUUUUUAACUUAGUUUUUGGUAAAAACAAAAAGGUAAAUACUGCUAGUGAGAUUUUAUAUUUUUACAUAUGUUGGUUUCAUUUUGCAUUUUCUUCUCUUUUAUUUAUAUGCCACUUAGUUUGGAUGUCUUUAAAUUGUGGGUUUUUUUUCUUUCCUUUGUUGUGUGAUUUCAUAUGUCUUGAAUGUGGAGACAAAGGCAUUUCAGUAUUUUUGAAUUGUUAAAAUCUAGUUUCAUAGAAGCUAAAGUAUCUGAUGUUAUAAAUUAUAUUUUAAUUCAUGUAAAUAGUUUAAAACAGAAGACUAUGGCUUCCUUUUAAACUGAAUACAUUUCUCUUCAGAGAUUGUUUACAUUAUGAAACUGUAGAAAUGUGCUCCUCAUAUACUGUAUAAAGUACAUAUAUUCAUUGAUUUGCCUCCAAAAAUAAAAACCUAAUGAACAACA